UUUAGGGUCACGCUGCCCCGCACAGACUGACUCACACCGGGCGCGGGUUCGGGAGCUCCCGACUUGGCCUGGCGAGGUCCCCUUUAAGGAAACGGGUGGGUAGAUUCGGGGAGCGUGGUUUACAGUGAGAAGACCGGGGUCUAGAAGAGAGAGCAAACGUCCGACUUCUGCGGAGGAAGAGGGGCAGCCAGCCAGUAAGUGGGGAGACCAGAGCUGGGGUUCCAUGGCCCAGGACGAAGUAGGGAGUGGGCGAGGGAGCAUGACGACCUUAUCCAGAACCUGAGGGGACAGACUGUGCUUCGUGAAGGCAAAGCCCUUGUGCAUUGCUCACUGCUGCAUCCCAUUGCCUGGUUGAGCACCUGACACGAGUGGCAACCACCCCUUAGGUGUUCUCGGAGUGAUUCACAACCACCACACGCUCUGAAAGAUGAACGAGGCCUCGGGGGACAUAUGCUCCAGGACUGUGGCUGCCUUGGUUUCCCCCUGUGUCCCAGCCAGAGAAUGUCUGGAAGUGGAGCAGGUCUCUCGGCCAGGACACAUGGAUACUCAUCCACCAAGCCUCAUGAAUGGGGCUGGCACCCAGCGGUCCCUGGGGUGCUGUUAUGUGUCCUUUCAGGAAGCCGUGACAUUUGGUGAUGUGGCUGUGCACUUCUCACGGGAGGAGUGGCAGUGUCUGGACCCUGGCCAGAGGGCCCUGUACAAGGAGGUGAUGCUGGAGAACCACAGCAGUGUGGCUGGACUAGCAGGAUUUCUGCUCUUCAAGCCUGAACUGAUCUCCCGGCUGGAGCAAGGGCAGGAGCCAUGGGUCCUUGACCUGCAGGGAACAGAGGCGAGAGAGGCACGAAGGACCCUCCAGACAGAUUCUACAAUAAGCACUGAUGGUGAGCAGGCUGGUGAAGAUGUGCACAUGAUAAAAUCAGAGUCUCUGGCAGCGAUGGUCAAACCCCCCCCUUGGGAUUAUCCUCAGAGUCCUGGCUUCGGAGACACCUCUGAUUCUGAGGUCUGGCCAGAGAGUAAGCUAAGCUCUCUCUUUCAGAAACACCACUUGCACACAGGGACUGUGGCUCCCAGGAAGACCUCGGCCACGGAGGAUGUGCAGGGACAUGUCAACCUGGGUUGUCAACCUGAGAAAAGUCAGGGGGUUGCUGCAGAUGGGCCAUCUCGAAGAUGCGAUGUUUGUGGCAGGAGUUUCAGAUUCGUGGCUCUGUCUCACUUUGGUGUACAGAAGGAACUUAACAGAUGUCAGGAGUGCCAAAAAAAGUUAUCUGAUUGCUUACAGGGGAAACAUCAAAGUAACUGCCAUGGAGAGAAGCCGUAUGAGUGUGAGGAAUGUGGGAAAGUCUUCAGGUUGUGCUCGCAGCUUAAUCAGCAUCAGAGAAUCCACACCGGAGAGAAACCAUUCAAAUGCAUAGAGUGUGGAAAAGCCUUUCGCCUGAGCUCAAAACUUAUUCAGCAUCAAAGAAUUCAUACGGGAGAGAAACCGUACAGGUGUGAGGAGUGUGGGAAAGCCUUUGGUCAGAGCUCCAGCCUCAUCCACCAUCAGAGGGUGCACACAGGAGAGAGGCCCUAUGGCUGUCGUGAGUGUGGGAAGGCCUUCAGCCAGCAGUCUCAGCUGGUCAGACACCAGAGGACUCACACUGGAGAGAGGCCUUACUCGUGCCAGGAGUGUGGGAAGGCCUUCAGCCAGAGCUCAACCCUGGCUCAGCACCAGCUGAUGCACACGGGGGAGAAGCCUCCAGUUCCAAGAACCCUGGAUGGUGCCAGCCUCGUUGCACACGAGAGAAUCCACGCUGCAGAGAAACCGUUUAAAUGUGAUGAGUGUGGGAAGGCUUUCAGGUGGGUCUCUCGCCUUAGUCAGCACCAGCUGAUUCACACUGGAGAGAAACCAUAUAAAUGCAACAAGUGUGCAAAAGCCUUCGGUUGUAGCUCACGGCUUAUUCGCCACCAAAGAACUCACACUGGAGAAAAACCAUUCAAAUGUGAUGAGUGUGGGAAGGGCUUUGUCCAGGGCUCACACCUGAUUCAGCACCAGAGAAUUCACACCGGAGAGAAACCCUAUGAGUGUAGUGAUUGUGGAAAAGCCUUCAGCCAGAGCUCAAGCCUCAUUUACCAUCAGAGGAUUCACAAGGGAGAGAAACCCUACGAGUGCCUGGAAUGUGGAAAAGCCUUCAGUAUGAGCACACAGCUCACAAUUCACCAGAGGGUUCACACCGGGGAGAGGCCCUAUAAAUGUGGUGAGUGCGGGAAAGCCUUCAGUCAGAACUCGACCCUUUUCCAACACCAGAUAAUUCAUGCUGGAGUAAAGCCCUAUGGAUGCAGUGAGUGUGGGAAAGCCUUUAGUCGAAGUUCGUACCUCAUUGAGCACCAGAGGAUUCACACACGUGCCCAGUGGUACCACGAAUAUGGGGGCGCCCUGGAGGGUUCUACCCAUGUGAGCCGUAAAAAAGCUAACACUGUAAAGAAACUACACAAAUGUAGUGAAUGCGAGAAAAUAUUCAGGUGGCGCUCCCAUCUCAUUAUACAUCAGAGGAUUCACACUGGAGAGAAACCUUACAAAUGUAACGAAUGUGGCAAAGCCUUUAAUCGGAGCUCAAGGCUCACUCAGCAUCAGAAGAUUCAUAUGGGAUAGACCACUCACCUCUUUAAAUGUGUGUAAGUGGGAAUAAACCCACAGCCUUACCUAUUUAAAUUAUAUGGGAUAAUUGAAAAUAACAAGGUAGAAUGUUAGUAAAGAUUCAGAAUUGCUCUUUUAAAAAUAUCCAAGUUCAUACAAAAUGUGUUUUUUUCUGGAAUUCUGAUUUUAUCCCACUCCAUAACCCUAUGUCCCUUGCAUCAGGGGAGUCAUGUAGAGUUCUGAGUGUGCAGACGGAUGAACCCAGGUUCUGCAGCUGAGGCCUGAGAAGUCCUGUGAGCUCUGCCAGAUGAGAUACUCAGUGUCUUCAGCACUAGUUACUCAGACUGGCUUCAGCAAGGAUGUGUGAGCUUGCAUGCGGUGAAGUCCAGAAGAGGAGUGUCUGGAAUUCCCUUCUGCCUUCACCUGACUCCUUUUCUUCAAACCUCUUCCCCCAUCAGCAGCCCAGGCAAGCAGCCACCCAGGGUCAACGUGAGUUUCCACAUGGGCCAAGCCACUCUGAUUAAUCUGACCUACAGGCUGGGCCCAUGUUCAUUCACUUUGUCUCACAGAGCAGUUAGUUGAUGCCAUGGAGGCCACUGGAUGAGACAGACCUGCCGCAUUGACCCCCUCCCUGUCCAGCGUCCUGUAUUCACCAUUUGGGAAGGAGUCCAGGGGCCAGGAGUCCCCUCGAGACCGGCUGACCUUUGGUACCAUUGCUACAAUCAGAGGGGCAAUAUUUGAGAGACCUUCAUCCCAGUGGAGGAGCCCAUUUCUUCCACAUGUGGACCGGCAUCGCAGAGGGACACAGGUCAGUCACCAGGAUUUGUUGUGACACUUGAUUUGGGUCACCGGCACACUGGUUUGGUCCAGCCCACCGCACGUCCUUGAGACCUUGCUGCGUCUAUCGCCGUGCAUGGCAUAGCCUGCAGCAGGCUAUGGAUUUGAGUCAGGUGAAAAAACGCUUGCUGAUCCCCAUGUUUGCAUUAGGAGGUUCCUGAGCUUUCUGCUGUUGUUGGGAGCAGUGGAGUUUGAGGUGGUUAAGUUUAUGUGAGCUUGUGUUUCCAGCACAUGGGUGGAGUCAGUCAGCCUGAUCACCAACUGCUACUGCUUAUCCAUCACUCACUGCCUGACAUGUCCUUCACCUGGUGCCAGGAUGCCAUGAAAUUAGUGGGCCUAUCUCUUCAGGCAUCCCUACUCUACCCAGAACUUGAGUCGAAUGGUCAGUUCUAGAGGACCAGGGACUUCUGUGCAUUAUGCAGAGGUUAUGCUCAUUGUGUCUCCACCUCAGCUGCUGUGCUCACCCAGGUGGUCACUGCUGGCACAUCUGGAUGGGUGGGCCCAGUUUUAAAGGGCUAUAAAUAUUUUAGGCCACCCAGCAAUGGUUCUGGAGCCGAGGUCCUAAGUGGAGAGAGCACACUUCUGCCAUCUGCUGGCACUUGGUACUAUUGUGCACUGAAGGACCUCUUCAUUGGACCCCACCUCCCUUGUCUACUACUGGGUAAUGAGGGACAAAAGGAUGGAGGAUUAUAUGGACUUCUCCAGACUCCAGCCUGGACAUGAUGCUCUUUCUUUCCCCUAACAGUAACUGCAGGCCAGAGACUUCUACCUUAAAUCUCCUUUAGCAUUUGAGUGUGCACAGCCAUGGUCCUGGAUCAAGGGCUGGUGAACCCAGUCCGAGGCCUGCUUUUGUGUGGUGCUGGUGCAUUAAACAAACACUGAGGCCGUAAGACUGGGUGUUUUGAAUGCCUACCAAGCAGACCAGGUGUUUUGAAAUAUUCUUUUGUUUUUUUAAA